AUGGCGACUCUAGUGCCGCGACAAGCGGGCUUUGUUUGUCGUUCAUGUCAAAGAGUCCUCGCAUUGAACCCAAGUCGACGGCACUUUAUCUCAUUGGCAACAAUUACUCCAAAGCAGGAUGUAGCGGCAAAGUCACGGAAACAUGCUUCACUCCUUCCAAGGACUCGAAAGGCUGCCUUGACAGGAGCAGCAAUAGCUGAAAGAGCAUCGCAACCUCAACCAACACCGACGCCUGAUCGUAUCGAGAUCCCUCCAGAGCUCUCCCUCCAAACAUUCAAUCCCGCCGCAGGACUAAAGAAGCUAAAGGACGAUAUUUCGCGCCUAACAUCGCAAGAUGUUGCUGCCCCGGCUGAGGAAGUCAUGGCUAUCAUCUUGGGGUGCUAUCAGUUCGCGAAUUGUAUUGUCUUUGGGACAAGCAAUGGCCCUCAUGACGUGACGGAGAGGCCAGGGGAAGAUCUAUCGCAGGCAGUGCUUCGUGACUUGGCUGAGGAUAAAGAUGCUUCGAAAGAUGGUCCAGUCUUCAUACCAGAUAGGGAAAUGUCGGCGCCAUUCCGACAGAACGCUGCAGACACAAUCGCUGAGCUAGCCUAUACGCUACUCCGCGACCCGAAGGUGUACAUUUCCCAGGAGAUACUCGCAGUGUACGUCCGGAUUCAGUGUCUUCUCGGGAAGCCGGAGUACCUUCCGGAGAUAUUCCAUUUGUAUGCACACAAGAAGAUACCCAACCCAAAGACGAAGCCAGUCACUUAUUCCGACCCAUGGCCCAAAGUGCCUAAGUACGCUAUUCCCUUGGAUCUGGCUGAGGCAGCGUUGGAAUCGGCCAUCCUCAAGAAGAAUCUGGCGCUGGCCUUGGCUAUCAUUGAUACAACCGUAGCAACUCCGGCUUUCCGCGCCAACAGGGUCCUGCGGCGUGCAUCAUUACCAGGCUUGUUCGUUGCAGGGACGCCGGUCGCCGCAUACGCUGGAGCAAGUUGGGUAUCCCAAUGGCAGAACACAAUGGACGUCGACAUGGCCAAAUACACGGCCAUCGCAGCGGCCACGGCUUACAUUGGCACACUGACCACAAUCGGCUUCGUUGCAAUAACCACGUCCAACGACCAGAUGGUGCGUGUCGUCUGGCGCCCAGGGACAGGCCUGAGCGACCGAUGGAUCCGCGAAGAUGAACGCGCCUUCUUCGACAGGCUCGCCUUGGCUUGGGGAUUCCAGGAAAAGCACCGAUGGGGCGAGGAGGAAGGCGAGGAUUGGCAGAGACUAAGAGAUGAAUGCGGGAUGAGGGAUAUGAUUCUCGAUAAGACGGAUUUGAUGGAGGGCAUGCAGUAA